AUGGCGUGCGCGCGAUGCGGCGCCCAAACGAGGACGCUCCUCCAGAGGGCGUCCCAACGACCGCCCCAGAUCCUCGCUACCCACCCUCGAUUCGCCCGCCUAGCAUCCAACGCUACCGUACCGAGGACGAUGCAGAACCAAGUUCGGAGAGAGAGCACGCAGGCUAGCGCCGAGAAGACGGAGAAGCCUGAAAUCACCACGAGACAACUGCUCGACGCCAUGCAGCAAAGCCAGCAGAAGAAGACGGACGGGACGGGGUUAGUCGGGUCAUAUGCCAUCUACGGAGGCACGCACCAAAUCUACAAGAAGUGCUCGCAGCCCGUUUCAUACACAAUUUCGGAUAUUGAUCGCGCCAACGGCACCGUGGACACAUUAGAGGAUGGCGAGGAAGUUGGAAAGUCUGAGGGCGCUUGGCACAGUCUCCUUGGUCUACCCCCGACUUUUAGCACGUGGUCCCAGGUCACCAUGCUCCGGAUGUACGUCCUCGUCGCCCGCGCCCGAUGCCUCGAGCCCGAAGCCUACAACAACUGGUACCACCAGCUCCUCAACCACUACUUCUUCGACUGCGAGCGCGUCAUGGACACCAACCACGGCCUCACCGCCAAGAGCCAGCGCCAGCGCUUCCUCAAGGACCUCUUUGGCGACGCUGUCCUGGCGUCGGCGGUGUGGAGGAACUUGUACAAGGGCAAGGAGAAUGUCGACUUUAGGACUGUCGCGGCGGUCGUGAGCUGGAUGCGGGCGACGCUGUGGGACCUGGAGAGGGUGAAGGACGAGGAUCUCGUCAUUGGCGAGAACCUGUUCCGAAAGUCCCUGGAGUCGCAGUUCAACGUGGUAGAUACCCAGAUCGGGUCUAUCAAGGACCAGGCGCAACGGCCGAAGGGCGUUGGUUGGUCGUACGUGCUGGUGGUGGCACUUGAAGCACCGGACCGAUCUGGUCAGGCAGGCGAAGGGCGGAGCAGGGCGAGCGAGACAGACCGCCAACGAGAUCGGCGGCCCUACCGGGGCACCCUCCGCGUGCCCCUCGCCGGCGAGCCCGCCCGCGUCUCCGAGUACGCCUGGACCACCGACCGCGGCGACGAGCUGUGGAGCUUUGUCGACGUCGUCUUCCUCGGCGACCCCGCCGCCCUCGUUGCCGCCAACGCUGCCGACCCCGCUACGGAGGACCUUGCCGCCGAUGCCGUCGUCGAGGUGUCGAGAAGGGAAGUCGCCGGCAUGUUGGUCGGCAUGAUCGAGGCGUGCAGCAACCGCGGAUGCGCUGACCUCGACUGCCCCGUUAGCGGCGCUUUUAGGAUCCUUGACGGGGCCGUAGAGGUGCGGCUGGUUGGUGCGUGA